UUAUGUUUAUCUAUAAAAAAAAAAUAUUUAAAAUUAACUAUUAAAUAAUAUGUGUAUAUUAAUGUUGAUAAAUUUUGGUAUUAGUUAGGAAAACUUUUUCAUGCCUAUAAACUGUAAGACCGAACCAAUAUAAUACCUUUUUAACUAUUUUAAAAUAAUGAUUUAUUAUUAAUAUAGUUAAAAACCAAAAUAUGAAAUAACCAUCCUAUCAUUUUAAAAAAAAUUAUUUUGUUUUAAAAUAUAGGCAAUAAAAAAAAAUAAUGUUUAACAAUAUAAUAUGAUAUAAUAUAACAUUUUAAAAAGAAAUUGUCAGUUAAAAUUAUUUUAUGUAAAAUUUACAUAUUUGUUAAGAGAUCUAUUGGUAUUAUUUAUUAAAAUAUAUCUAUUUUAGUAAUUUUAUGUUUGUUUAAGAAUAAAUUAACUUAUAAGUAAAUUUCUUAAAAAUAAUAAAAUUAAAUAAUUAUUUAUCAAACUUUAUAGAAUCCAAAAUAUACAAAAAAUUUAAAAAUCAAAAACCAAAAACCAAAAACCAAAAGACAUAAUCUAGAAUCACCAAUCAAGUUUUUUGAAAAACUAAAAUCUACAGCAAAAUCAAAAACUAAAAUCUAAAAUCUAUAAACUAAAAUCAAACUAAAAUUUAAUAUAUUUUAUUAAUAUAUAUAACUUUUUUAAAACAUGCUUUAUUUUAAAAUAGAGAAAAUAUUUUAUACCCGACGGAUUUUAUUAGUUAGUGAGAGUUAGAAAAAAUAAAAGAUUUUACAUUUUAGUUGUCGGUUGUAGAGUAGAAUUUUUGUUUCAAAAUAAAUGUUGUUUUAUGAUUCUAAUGCAAAAUUUAUUGACUUUAUAUUCUAUCUAUUUAUAUAUUAAUUAAAAUGAGGUUAGGUAUAUUGGUAAUGAUAUUUUUAUUUAGUAAAUUUGCAUAAUUAAAUAUUUCUUAACAUGCGUACCCAAGUCUAAAACGACAAUUAAAAUAUAACGAAAGAAGUACUUAUUUUAUUAUGCUGUUUUAAAUAUUGCUAAAAAUAUUGUCUAGGUUAUUUUUCACGUAUAUUUUUAGGCUAUGCCUAUGACAUUCAUUUCUUAUAUCGAAUUUUUAUAGGUUAUAGAAAGUUAACAACCAAAAUAAAUUCAGUGGUGUAUUUUUUCUGUUAAUUUUUGGAAAAAAAAAACUGUUCAUUAUUUUGGAAAAGAAUAAUCUUUUUAGUUUGAUUUGGAUUGGAUUUUGAUUUCAGAGAUAAAAAAAUAAUCUAACUAUUCUAAUUAUAAGUAUUUUAAAUCUUUUUAUAAUCAUUUUCUCGGAUUAAUUGUUCUUUCAGUUUGGUUCAAAUCAGAUUUGGUGUUUCGGCCAUUCCUUAAAUAUUCAUCUUAAAAAUAUUUCUAAAUGUACUUUUAAUUUGAAAUAGCAGUGGCAAUGUGGCAUACCAAAAAGAAGGGUAAAUUCGGAAAAUAGAGAAGAAGAAAAAUCAAAAAGACUAUUGUGAAUCAUAUAUAAAGACCACGAGCUUGGAAGGGAAAGAGCAGUUUUCUCUGACCAAAACGUUAAACCUCAUCUCAGAAAGAACAACAAUGUCUAAAUUAUCGUAUAAUCUCAUCUUCUUCAUAGUUUUCUUGUGUUUGGGGUUGAGAUCAUCAGCGUUUACGAAUCUCAACACCUUAAGUUUCGAAGAAUCGCUUUCUCCUCUCUUUGGCGAUGGCAAUCUCGUCCGUUCACCCGACGAUCUCUCCGUUCGCCUCCUCCUCGAUAAAUACACCGGUUCUGGUUUCAUAUCAUCGAAUAUGUAUCAACAUGGAUUUUACAGCUCUAUGAUCAAGCUUCCAGCCGAUUAUACUGCCGGCGUCGUCGUCGCCUUUUACACAUCAAACGGAGACGUGUUCGAGAAAACACAUGACGAACUAGACAUAGAGUUUCUAGGGAACAUUAAAGGGAAGCCAUGGAGGUUUCAGACAAACCUGUACGGAAAUGGAAGUACACAUAGAGGUCGUGAAGAAAGAUAUCGUCUAUGGUUCGAUCCUUCUAAAGAGUUUCAUCGUUACAGCAUCCUCUGGACUCCUCACAAGAUCAUAUUUUGGGUAGACGAUGUUCCAAUAAGAGAAGUGAUAAGAAGCGAAGCAAUGGGAGCAGAUUAUCCAGCGAAGCCAAUGUCUCUCUACGCCACCAUUUGGGACGCCUCUGACUGGGCUACUUCGGGCGGCAAAUACAAAGCUAAUUACAAAUAUGCCCCUUUCGUAGCCGAGUUCAAGUCCUUCUCCCUUGACGGCUGCUCCGUUGAUCCCAUCCAAGAAGUCCCCACCGAUUGCUCUGACUCCGUGGACUUCCUCGAAUCACAAGACUACUUCUCCAUCAACUCACGUCAACGCGCCCGGGACUUCCUCGAAUCACAAGACUACUUCUCCAUCAACUCACGUCAACGCGCCGCCAUGAGAAGAUUCAGACAACGGUUCAUGUAUUAUUCCUACUGUUAUGAUACAGUUCGGUAUCCGGAGGCGCCACCUGAGUGUGUGAUUGUUCCAGCAGAGAAGGAUAGAUUUAAGGAUACGGGGAGGUUGAAGUUUGGUGGUACAGAGGCGCGUGGACGACGUAGGAAUCGCCGGCAGCAAAGGCCAGAAAUUGAAAGUGAUCCCGACGAAAGAAGACGACUUUUAAAAUAAGAUUUGUACCAUUUUUUUAUUUGUUUGUGAGUAAAGAGAGAGAAUAAAUAAUAGAGUAAAGAUUUGAAGAAAAAGAGAAACAAAUAGGGAAUACGUCAUUCAGAUGCAUAAAGUGAGUUACAAAAUCGUAGUUACGUCAGCAAGCUAUGUUCUCUUUCUUUUUUUUUUUUUUUUUUUUUUCAUUUCUUUGUUCUCUUUCAUUUUGUGACAAUCCAUCUAACUCUAGCAGAGAGGUUGAAACUUAUAGAAUUUUCUGCGUCUGUGGCGUUCAAAGUUCUUUAGGAUUUUGAAAAAGCUAGUGGUCUUGGACCCAUGAAAUUAUGGUUUACAAACCUCUUUUAAUUUAAUCUGUGCAAGCGGGAGACAAUGUCUUCUUUAGAUACUUAGGUUGCAGAUUCCUUUAACAUUUACAUUUCUCUCUGCCAAUUCACUUCCAUCCCCUAUGAUAUUAACUAGUGUCAGUGGCUAUUAAGGUUCUCAUAAAUUCUGCUCCUAAUCAUUCAAUUCCCUACUGCCGUGAACCGUGGUAGAUCCACGAGUUCACAGGCCACCUUCAAUAUUGUGUAGUAACUACUAAAUCAACUUUUGAGUCUCACAUCUCACGUGUAGUUCAAACUAGCCUUACUUCAGAGCAGGGGUGUCAAAGUGAGCCGUGAGCUCAUAACAAAGAAUAAGUAAAAUAAAACAAAUGAACACCAAAGAACAAAAAGAAAACAAAGAGGAACAACUGAACUGUAUAACCUUGUUUAAAAUGAUUAUAAUGAUGUUGUAAAUCAAAACCUUUUUAUUUGCAAGGAAUAUUACUUAAUUUUGUAUCACUCAUUAACAGUAAAGAUAUAGUGUUGAUUGUUGAGUUUGGGGUUUGUGUCCUUCUGCCUCUUUACGUGGAGUUUGUAAGCUAUCGGUGAAUCUUAUUGUGAGUAUUUAGGGAGAGGGGGGAUAGUGGAAAGAGGAUAAACAGAGGCUUGAGAGUAUUGUGACAUCAGAUCCAAACAGACCAGACACUCAACUUGCCAAGUAACAAAUAGUAAGCACGACGCACUCUCUCGACGUAUGAAGAUGAGUAAGCCGAGAAGUAGAGUAAGACGCAUAAAACUGAUAUUGUGAAUUAUUCAUUCGGUUCUAUAUAGUAGGAAGCCCC